AUCAUAAGCCCAGUAGUAGACAUGUUCUUGAGGAGUUAAAGGGAGUGAGUACUUCGAUACCGAGUGCGCUAGAUGUAACACCACAAAGUACUGCAACACGUAUCGCUGACGAUGCACCUGAGCAGGUAGUACCUCGUCGUAGUGGGAGGGUUGUCCGGCAGCCCGAAUGGUUCAUGGGUCUGGGAGAGUCUUCUGAGGCCGUCCCGGACGUUGUUGAAUCCGACCCAUGCUCAUACAAUGAGGCACUCCAAGAUCGGGAUGCAGAGUCUUGGCAAAAGGCGAUGAAAUCUGAAAUAGAGUCAAUGGACACUAAUCAGAUGCCUCCUCGUAGAGAGCCAGAUCACCAGGAACUCCCACAGGCCACAGUGGUCGCUUUGUUCCGCGACUACCAUCCAGAAAAGUUUUCCGGCCAAGGAGAUCCUCGUGUAGUAGAUGAAUGGGUUCAGGGUCUCGAGAUUAUUUUCGAGGUCAUGAACUGCCCCGAUCGUUAUCGCAUGUUAUGUGCCCAGAUCCAGUUGACCGGUGAUGCCAGACUCUGGUGGCAAGCCUAUUGGACUAUGCGUCCCGGUGAAAAAGACGGUUGUACGUGGGACCAGUUCAAGGAGCUGAUCCGAGAAAAGUAUUAUCCCUCGUAUUACCGAGCAUACAUGGAGCGCCAGUUCUUGGCACUCACUCAGGGUACUCGUACUGUCGACGAGUACGAAAGAGAGUUCACCCGUCUCGUAGCCUUUGUACCUGAUCUUGUGAGUACAGAGGCGAAGAGAGCCCACCGUUUCACCGACGGACUUCGCCCAGCAGUCCGCCACAGCAUCGUAGGCCACGGCGUCCAGACCUACGCCCGCGCAGUGGCCAUUGCACAGGAAGUUGAUGCCAGUAUCCGACGAGAAGCCACCCAGACACCAGCCCAGCCAGUUGCUGAGCCACCAGCCCAGCCCAAAGUAGCCCAACCAUCAACAAACCAGAAGAAGAGGAAGCUCAGAGGGGGCUCAGACAACCGGAGGACCCGUCCCAGACAAUAUCCAGAAUGCCUAACCUGCGGGAAACACCACCGUGGAGAAUGCCUCGUGGGCCAGAAU